AUGGCCUGCAACAACAUCUGCCAACCCUGCGGACCCACCCCGCUGGCCAACAGCUGCAACGAGCCCUGUGCCCUGCAAUGCCAGGAUUCCCGCGUUGUUAUCGAGCCUUCUCCUGUGCUGGUCACCCUGCCAGGACCCAUCAUGACCUCCUUCCCCCAGAACACCGCUGUCGGAUCCACCUCCUCGGCUGCCGUGGGCAGUGAGCUCAGUGUGCAGGGACAGCCCAUCUCUGGCGGAUUUGGGGGAUUUGGUGGCUUUGGCUAUGGCCGUGGAUUUGGCUACGGGCUGGGAGGCCUGGGCUGCUAUGGCAGAAGGGGCUAUGGAAACAUCUGCUAAGGGCCUUCAGCACCGCUCCUGACACCACCACCCACUCCCUGGAACUCAUCUCA